CUCUUCUGUUGAGGCCAUCUCCGGUGCACAUAAAGGGGAAGGUGUGGAGCCUCACAGACAACUCAGUUCACCUGCUUCAGAUUGAUUUUAAAUUAUUAAAGAGAAGCAAAGGUAUCACAUGGAGAGUGCGGUGAAACUAGAGAGUGCCUGGCUGUGUUUUUUUUCCCUCAUCAGACCAUGAGCAAUGAAAUGAGCGCAGCAGAAGAUGUCCAUGUUGAAGAUCGUCAAGCUCCCGUGCAGUUGGACAGCAUGGGUGUCAAAGAUGACUGCACCGGGCAACAAGAGAGAAGCCCAAACAGCAAGUGGAAAAUUAAAUCUAAAAAGCGGGUCUCGUUCCCUUCGGGAGAGGAGAUUGUGUCGGGGUCAGUGGAGCCCUUGAAUCCGUGGAAAGCUGAUGCCUGUGUUACAGUGGAAGAAAUCAUCACAUCUUACAACCUAAGCUGCAAGAAGCUCAAUGUGCAGCCUAUCCACAAUCUGUUGACACAGUUGCAGGAAAUCACCGAGGUACAACACUGGAUCACAUGUUUAGAUCUGAAGGGAGAAAAGUUAGACUAUGAGAGCUGUGAAGCACUCGAAGAAAUCUUCAAACGCAUACGUUUUAAGAUGAUUAAUUUGGAGUGGUCAAAGCUGCAUGAGGAUGGAGCCUCUGCGCUGUUUGAUAUGAUGGAGUAUUACGACUCAACACUUUGCCUCAGCAUUUCCUUCAGCAGGACCAUUGGAACAAGAGGUUGGAGAGCGGCAGCACAGCUGAUUCGGACGAGUAGCAGCUUGCAGGAGUUUGAGGCAUCAGGAAUCCCUUUGACAGAGCACUCCGCCUCCUACUUGGCGCGUGGACUGAAAUUUAGCCGCCAUCUGAGAGUGUUACGCUUGGAUAACACUGGGCUGAGUGGCCGCUCGCUGAUGCUGCUAGUUUCUGCCCUGAAGAUGAACCAGGUGCUUCAAGAACUUUACCUGGCAGACAAUAACCUGAACAGCGUUCAAGACUCCAUGUACCUGCGAGACCUGCUGGAGGGGAAUGGUGCCAUACGAUUAUUAGACCUGAAAAACAACUGCAUCUUCAACUCGGGACUGGAGGACAUCUGUGAAGGCCUUAAAAGACAGAAGCAAGGACUGAAAACACUUAUACUUUGGAACAACAGACUGACUCACAAGGGGAUGAAUCACUUAUCUGCCAUUCUGCCUAAAUUAAGAUCGCUGGAAACACUGAACCUAGGCCGUAAUCCACUCAGCAAUGAGGGAAUUCGUAGACUUAAAGAAGGAUUGAUAGCCAAUCGAUCAAUUACACGAUUAGGAUUGGCAUCGACGGCAAUAACUUGUGAAGGAGCUAUAGCCACAGCAGAAUUCCUUGUCGAGAGCUCUGGAAUCCUAAGGCUGGAUCUUCGACGGAACAGAAUAAAGACCGGAGGACUGAUGGCCCUCACUCUGGCCAUGAAACUAAAUCGGUCGCUGGUCCAACUGGAUUUGGACAAGGGACCAGUGGGUGAGAAAGAAGGCUGGUUGAUCGAAACUCAGAAACUGUUGCAGGUUAAGAUUGCAAAAUGUUGCAAGAGGAACUCGAUCGUGAAUGGAACGCAGCUGGAAGCGGGGACGAAUGAGGCGACUCAAACGGGCGUAUCCCAGGGUAAAAGGUCAAAUAGAAAAACCUGGGAUCGCCCUGUUAGAACUGAAGUGAGUUUGAACGAGGAUUACAAGCACGGUUCAUAAAGAUGCGGCAAUAGUUGGGCACCACUGCGUACAAAGACAAUGUAGAGAUAACUAAAUGGAGAUCCAAUGCAAACUGGCAACAUUUCUGCAAACUCGUCAAGUCCAGACACUUGGUGCAAAUUGUUUUUUUUUAUGGAUUAUAAAAUUCUCUGCAACACGUUGUUUUAUCGAUGGUACUUUCUUUCAGCAUGAAAAUUACCCAAUUAGCUGGGCAUAAUUUUGUAAGAUUACGUUUGCGCUUUCUUCAUACAUAAUUUUGAUGCAAAAAAUAUGCCACGUGCAAACACAAUGUGCAAACAAAAGACCUAUUUAAAACCGGUGUCACUGGACGUUGAUAGAUGGCGUCGGCAGUUUUCAAACAAUUAUACCUUAAAGUGCUUUACCUUUCAAUCACAAUUCUGUAACUUUGUGAGAUACUAACUGUGUAAGCUCAUUUGUGAAAUAAAAGUGGUAUCCAAUCAAUGGGUUCUGAGAAUCCUCAAUUUAUUGAUUGAGUGAGAUAGCUCUCCAGAUCCAUCAGUGGAGAGAUCAGAAAUGAAAUCAAUACUGACUCACAAGUAGUCAUAUUAACCAUUAAGCCGUCACACUCAUUUGUGAAGCUAACGAUGUUGCCACAAGUAAAAUACUGCAAAAAUGCUGCAAAUCAGAAGGUUAAAACCAAAGAAUCAACAUUGGGAACAUUCAGUUUAGGCAGCAUCAGUGGAAUGAGGAACAUUCUUCAGGGUUUCCACCCGAAGCAUCGCCAAUUUACUUCACUCCAUAGAUGCUGCCUCACCCGCUGAGUUUCUCCAGCAUUUUUGUCUACCACCAAUUAUUUCGUUUAGUUUAGUUUAGAGAUACAGCACGGAAACAGGCCCUUCGACCCACCGAGUCUGCGCUGACCAAGCCAAUUUUACCAAGCCAUUUACCAAGCCAAUUAUCCUACAAACCUGUACGUCUUUGGAGUGUGGGAGAAAAUCAAAGAUCUCGGAGAAAACUCACGCAGGUCACGGGGAGAACGUACAAACUCCAUACAGACAGCACCCGUAAUCGGGCUCAAACCCGGGUCUCCGGUGCUGCAUUCGCUGUAAGGCAGCAACUCUACCGUGGCGUCACCGUGAAAGCAGCAGAAUUAGACCAUUCGGCCCAUCAAGUCUACUCACCAUUCAAUCAUGGCUGAUCUAUCUCUCCCUCAACCCCAUUCUCCUGCCUUCUCCCCAUAACCCCUGACACCCGUACUAAUCAAGAGAGUCAUUGUACUAGUUUCACUGUCAUCCUGUUAAGUUUCAUUGCCUAUAUAACCCGGCCCACAGCUAACGAUGGAAGGUUUUCUUGAUCAUUUUUACAUACCUUUCAUUCAUUUGUUCUAUAUCGCUUCAUAUCUAUAUAUUACUAAAAGUCUGAUCUUGACCGCUUUUGGCCCACUGUGCUGCAAUUUCUGAGAGAACGCCACCACCUAUGGCCGCCAUUUUUGGCCACCUCGCUCAUAGACCCCCUCCGCCUUCUGGGACCAGAGGAUUUUUCCCAUCGAUGAAAAAUCAGAUAGAUAUUAAUGUUUUUACAAACGUUGCCAUUCUCUCUGCUGCCCCUGCUGGAGGGAGGGGGAGGGACUAUAAAAUCAGGAAGUGCUGUGCCUCAUUCAGUCUCUGCAAGAUAGAGGAAGCCAUCUAUCUGAGCUCUGAAUAACACUGAACACAUGUUUACUCAACUGUGAGUGUCCUUAAUGUUUGAAAAUGAAAAUAUGGUUGGUUUGAAGUAAAAAGGCACUGCCUGCAAAUGGUUGUUUGGGGGAUUUGGGUUGAAGUAAAAAGGCACUGCCUGCAAAUGGUUGUUUGCCUAAACUUGACAACUUCCUGUUUGCACUAUAUUGAUUUUAGAACGCUACCACUUACAGCUGUGAUUUUUGGCCUUCUUACUCAGUUCUCCUCCUCUCAUCAGGUGCAGAGGAUUCUUCUCAUCAAUGAAAAACAAAAGUGUUAUUAGUGUUUAAAAAAUGUUGAGAAUCUCUCUCCUGUCAAUCACGCCAUGAAGGCCACACCUUUUCCGGUGGGAGGGGGAGGGAUUAUAAAACCCGGACGUGUGGGCGUGGCUCAGUCUCUGCAUAAUGGGGGAGGGAGAGGUCACGACUCUGAGCUGUGAAUCAACUGAACACACUGAAUGUCUACUGUGUGGUUUUAUGGCGGU